AUGGAUGAAUAUCAAAAAGACCCUGCUGCUGUAUUCGCUAUACCGGACUUUUGGAAAUCGUCAAAAUGGCUGCAUGAGUUGAAUGGCAAUGCCAAUACACGAGAUCCAUUCUUUUCCUCCAGACUCAGAGAUGGCAUAGAUUCUGAUCUAUUACAGCUUGGCCAUGUCUCUGUCGAAAAGAGCGGCUUCUUCAAGUUACCCACACAAUUUGGGCUUCAGUCCGAGCUUGAUACAGAAACCGAUGUCACCCCCAACAAUGAUGGCCCAGUACCUACAGAAAGCGUGCUUAGCUCAGAGCCCGAGGAGAAUAUCUGGGCAAACACCGAUGUGCCAGUCAAGAAUUUACCAGAGCACAAGACAUGGAAUGGCUUCAUUGCAGGCACACCAGCAGGAAGGCAGCCGCUGAUGGCCAGCGAAGCCGGAGCAACCGUCUAUGAUGCUUUUUUGAGUUGGUCCAUCGACCCCCUCGAGCUCAAAAACUCCAAAGUCCCUGUUGUUGAUAUUAAAGCCUAUCUGCCCUCUUUACUUGCUCUGGCCCUUGGCCAGGAGUCAGUACUUUUCUCCAAACAGGAGGCAGGUCGCUUCUUCAAAUCAACGAUCCCCAAUAUGAGAGUUACAGGCUAUUCCAAGGAUGUGCUUCGUGGAUUGGAAAAGCAAUGUCACAGAUGUGGUUCAAUGCUUUUUGAAUUGCGCUCCUUUGUUAAUUCCACUUAUGCAAAACGUACUUCCAAGUGUGGUGUUGCCCUAGCUGGUGCCAUCGAUCAGAUUCUGAAAGACGUCCAGCGAUAUGUAGCUCUCCAUGGGCAAACGCCCCGGUCUCUUUUGGAGCUUCAGUCGACCGUUAAAGGGCUCUUGGCAAUCCUCGUUCCCUUUCAAAGGCUUACUUCCAAGUUUCGCAAAGGUUACUCGGAUGAACAUGUUCUGUCUUUUGUGUUUCACGAGGCGUACUCCGUCGACUAUGGCGAGGAGCAAUUACGUGGCAUCAUGCGUGAAGUGUUGCAGCGAGUCUCCUCCCCCUGGAUUGAGUUCUUGGAAGAAUGGAUCGGAACGAGGCAAGAGGAAGGUAUUCCUUUGACAAAGGCCAACGUUGGGGCCAGCAAAGGGUUCAUCAAAGUCGACACGGAGAAAUACACAGACGAUUUUGGACACGAAUGCGAAGAUAUCGACUUUCGAUUGGACGACAGUAAGAUGCCUCACUUCAUGCCCUUUGAUAUUGCCAAGUCCAUUUUCGAGACGGGGAAGAAUCUGCGGUUCAUUAGGGAGUGUCACCCAGAACAUCCUUUGGCUUCGGCCCAUAUCAUCAACGCGACUCAACCACCAAAAGUUGGAUGGCUUUAUGAUUGGGACGCUAUCGAAGAUCUUGAGAAGCGGGUCACCAAAUACCAUGAUGAUCUCUUGCGGGCGAUUCGCGACCACUCAUCUCAUCAACAAGCAUUGGUGCCAAAUGGGCCUGGACAUACUAUUCAACUCCAUGAUCCAGCAUUAUUUACGGAUGAGGAUGAUGGGUCAGAAAUUCGACUUCUAGGCGCUCUCACGGCACGUAUGGAUGAGCCCUUGCCUGAUGUUGUGAGUAAAGAGGACACCUUGAGCCAAAUCCUUCGUGAACGACUGGUGCAAUCUGUCACAAGAAAGUCGAAACCACCUACUAGUGGUUUCGACUUCACGCCUCAUCCGUCGCUUCUCCCUGUGCUUUCAUUCGGAGGCAUUGCUUCAGCCCAAUCAGAGAUUGUUAACCAGGAAAGUCUACGGCUGCUGUUUAACAACCACGACUUGCGUGGCCACCUGAAGAUGCAUCGCGACUUUCAACUUUUCGGCAGCGGCAUGUUUAUCAGCCGUUUGUCUCACGCUUUAUUCGACCCCGACCUGGAAACAGCUGAACGGCAAACGGGGGUCGCACGGCAAGGAGGGGUCAUGGGACUUCGUCUGGGUGGUCGAGACACUUGGCCACCAGCCAGCUCGGAGCUGCGACUUGCGCUUAUGGGAGUCUUGGCUGAAAGCUUUGAUUCUGAUAAUAAGUUCGCUACGAAUAAGUUGGCCAGUAUCUCUCGAGAUGCAUCUGAGUUGCCGGGAGACAUGAGUUUUGCUGUACGAGACUUGACGCAGGAAGAGAUCGACAAAUGCAUGAACCCAGACUCAUUGGAGGCACUUGACUUUCUGCGUCUGUCAUACAAAGCACCAACCGCGUUGUCAAGCAUCAUCACCCCGGUCAUUCUGACACAGUACGAUCGAAUCUUCAAGCUCUUGUUGAGGAUUUUACGGAUAGUCUAUGUUGUCAAUCAGUUGUUUCGGGAUGUCAAUGCAAGAACUAGUCGCUGGGCCGACCCCGAGGACAUUUCAUUCCGAUUCACACGCGAGGCACAUCACUUCGUUUCUGGCAUCACUUCCUUCUUCAUGGAUGCUGGAGUCGCUAUCCCUUGGCAAGCAUUCGAGGCCAAACUCGACAAAAUCCAAGCCAACCUGAAAGACCCCUUGAAUACCAAGAGCAGUCCUGAUAAAGUCGAAAGCCCCGAUAGGCUACGCGAGUUUCAUUCAAGAGUACUGGACCGAAUCAUGCUUUCUCUAUUCCUUCGAAAACGUCAACAGCCCGUGCUGAAUCUGCUUGAGGAAAUCUUCUCUGCAGUCUUGGAGUAUGCAAAAUUCUCCCGAAUGAAAGCUAUAGAGAAGAACCGAGCCCCGGACUCGGGAGAGACGCAAGAAAUGCAUCGUCUAUAUAAAAAGUUCAAAACAAAGGUACAGAUUUUCAUCACUGUUUGCCGAGCUUUGACAGAAAAAAGUCGGUCCACGAGCAACAAGGUUUCAGAUGAUCUGGGAUUAAAACAGGAGGGCAUUGGCGAAGAUCAUAUGGUUGCACAGCUUUUGAUGAAGUUGGACAUGAGCGACUACUACACUAAGCACUAG